GACUACAUAUUAGAACACAAUGAAAUCCUGGAAAAACGUCUCGCUCCAAUGAUUGAACAGAUAACGGGCAAAAUUUCAAGAACUCAGGAAGGUCUGGAGUCGCUCUACAGACAGAUCAUUGCUGCAAUACUUAUAAAAUCUGGAAUUGGCUCACCAACCAGUAUUGCUGUUAUUCGAGAAGCGACAGCUGCCCUCCAGAGUGUUCUGCCACCCUCAGAGAUUCCCCUGUUUGUCAGUUUCAAUACAGAAACACGGAAGAUCCAUUUACAGAAACUGACUGAUCUUGUUUCUGGCAUUCGAAUUUACAACUUCAGCAUUGACCAAGGAGGUGACGGUGUAGAUGAUCUAUUGACGAGUAAACUUUGGUUUUUCAAGGAUAGCAUGAAAUAA